ACCCACUCUUUCUGCUUCCUCCCAAGCCCCCUCUUCUGCCAUUUUACCUUCCUUAAUGUUGGUAAAUUCUGAUAUCCCCAUUAGCUGUAGGUUCAUAUUGAUCUCACUGACAAGUUUUACUAUUGCGGGUUGCUGACCCAUUUUCUGUCUUAGACAUUAUAUUUCAUGUCUGCCGUCAAGCUGUGCUCAUCUGAAAGGUUCAGGCAACUUUUGACGGACCAACUCUUGUUUAAACUACUUCUGAUAAAUCCAUAAUAUUAACAGUUUUUUGUGACUAGUAAAAGUAAUGCCAAAUUCUGGACUGCACGAGUGUAUUUCCCCCCACCUUUUACCUAAAACACAAUUAAAUGAAAUUAUAGAUACUCAUUUUGGCUUCCAGCUUUAAAUCAUUAUCUAUAAAAAUACACUCUUGAGAAACUGACUGCUGAAAUGUAUCUUAAUGAACGUGACAGGCAGGCAGAAAAGACAAUGGGAAGAUGUGAAUGCCGCAAACUCAGAUUCCAGGGGCUUAAUUCAACCCUGCAGGCACGGAAGGCUAGAAAUUUCACCCCCUGUCUAGUAGCUGCACCUGGGGCUAGGAGGUGAGUGGAUUCACCCUUCUCCCAAGGAAGGGUAGUUUUUCUUGCACCUCUGCCCUUCCUUGGAAGUCUUGUUAGAGAGGGUAACUUUAAAACAUGGUCAGAGCUCUGUCAGGGGAAGUUUCUUGGAAAAUACAUUCAGCAGCCCUUCUCCAGUGUGUUCAGGCUACAUCUUCUCCCUUGACAAAAUUUAGGGCUGAGCUGGCGAUUUCUAGGCCCCUCAGGUUAAAUAGGGUUGUGCACGCCUUGUGUGGCUCUGAUCCCCUGUAGGUAGAUUUCCAGUCAUGAAUGUCCCAGCAAGAAUGAAGCAAUCCCCAGAGCUUGAGCUCUCAGGAACUUGGAUAUGUCACAAAGGUUAAGAUCAUUUUUGGGCGGGGGAGACAACCAACUUCCUUGGGCUGCAAUAUUUGCUAGUUUUUGAAAGAGCUUUUGCAGGAAGCUGUUCGCUGUCUGUUGCAAUUGGUCAUAGCUGGGGGUGGGUGGUGAUGGAGCUACAGAAGUGCAUAAGAAAAUAGCAGCCAGACAUACAAUUUCAAGUACUGGGGCUUUCUUGGAUUUUAGGGAAUUUGGGGUAAGAUAAUUAAUGAAUGACAGCUAUGUCAGCCUAUCGGCAUAGAAGCUUUGCCCAUCAGUCUGCUUGUAGUAGUGAUAACUGAGAAGACCAUUUUACAUCAGUUUAUGCACUUUUCUGCCGCUGCGGUAACCAUUCUAAUAGCAACAACAACAAAAUAAAGUGGAGGAAUAUUUCUGCUAGCUGAAAGAUCAAUAUCAAUUCAAGGGUUUUUUUAUAAUGACCUUAUGUGAGAGACAAAUGGAAAUACUCUACACUUCUGGCAUUCCUCUCUCCAAAAUAUUUAGAACAUUAGUGACAAUAUUGAAAAGUUUGCUGACUGAGCUGAUCAAUGGAAUGUGAAGGCAGUUUACUUUAAGGCUAUUUACUUUCACACAGAAUAUUUAUCUAUUAGUUUGUAUUCCACUCAACUGCAGAUAGAGGGGGCAACAUGUUUUCUUGCGUGUUUCAAACCCAUGAAGGAGAAAAUAAACCAUUCCACUAAACUAUAUAGGCCAAACAGCGUCUGGGCAAGCUAUGUCAGCUGCCCAGAGGCUACACUCUGUAAAAUAGUACAAGGUCAUUUUACAUGGGUUUGCAUAGUACUUUGCUAUGCAGUUUUCAAAAGAAAAUAAUGUCGUGUAAAACUCCAAAUCAUUCCAAUAGCUGUUUUGUAAAUAUUUACAUGUCAAAAGCAAACUUUGGAAUCCAUACAGGGUUUCCACUGUCUGAAAAUACAUACAGCUUUAGGUAUAAGCCCAUGUGUUUCCUCUUAACCAGCGUAUCAUCAGCUAGAGCAGUGGUCUUCAAACUUUUUUGAUCGCGCACCCCUAUCAGUAAAAAUAUUUUGAGCACGUACCCCCUGCCGUGCCGGCUCUACCAUUUUUGGAGAAAAAAAAAAAAGUCACUCGGACUCCCGCCCCCGCCCACACUGACGAAGCAAAAAAAAAAAGCGCUCCUCCUGCCGCACACCCCCAAGGAUCCUCUUGCGCACCCCCUGGGGUGCCCGCACUUCAUUUUGGAGACCACUGAGCUAGAGUAUAUUUUAUAAAAUUGAAGGAUACAUGUCAUCGUAAAAUGAGGCCACUGAAAUAAACUUCUAAAAUUCUCCUUUCACUUACACCAGUGUGAAAUAGGUAUAACCCCAAUGACUUCAAUGGAGUUUACUCCUAAUUUUCACCCAGGAGAGAAGAGUCAACUCCAAAAUGUAUAAGCUGUGUCUGUUGGUUUUCAUCAUCGGAUCUGCAAGCUAACAUACAUUCUAUUUACAGCACUAACUCCCUUUCAUCUUGUAUGUGUGCAUAUGUGUAUAUAAUAUUUAUAUGUACAUACACACCAAGUCCAAGUAAUAUUUUUGUCUCUUUCCUUUGAGAAGUAAAAACUUUCUUUUUGUUUAAUUGCCUGCAGAAUUAUGUGAAACACAUUCAUAACCAUGGCGCUAUUAGUAUUUCAAAAUUUGAAAAACAAACAAAAAAACGCCAGCUGUACUGGUGACUAACCAAUACAUGAACUGAAGCUCAUACUCUGCAAAGACCUUUGGUUGACAUUCGAUUUUGAACCUGCCAGAUGUGUUUUUGUGAACCAGGGAUACUGCAUCUUUAAUGAACAAGUCUCUACUCUUUCCCCUGUUUUUAAAUACAACACAAGCAGUGUAUCACUAGGCACUGCAAUUGUCAAAGACAAUUAGACUGAAAGCAGGAAAAUUUCACCUCCCUGUCUCAGUGAUAUGUAGAAUGUCGGCAGUGUGGGUCAGCCUUGCCACAGAGUUGUGUGAGAAUAUAUGAAUCAGGCCUAUAGAAUGUUAAAUAUUUAUAAAAUGCUUCUGUACGGCACCAAGGUUGGGAGCAAAUUCAUUCCUUCUUGUCUUAUAAUAGAAAAAAAAGAAACAAAAGAUUAUUUCCAAACCUAAACUUCGUGGAGUUUUUUUUUUCUAUUUUCUGUUUUGUUGUUGUUGUUUGUACUUGUGAUUUAUAUACAGUCACUAGAAACUUUUCAUUUGCUUUUUAAAAAAUAUUUUUUUCAUCAGAUGUGUAUUCAGACCUUUGUUCUUAAAAACCAUUGCUACCUCAUUGCUACAUAUUGUACAUGUAGUAUUUAUUUGUUGUCUUUUUUUGAAUGUCAUGCAUUUCGUAAGAAAAAGACUUGUCCUUGAACCUGAACAGUCUACCUCAGAAAGACUGUCUUUACACUGAACAGUAUUAACACCCUAAAUGAUAAGACGUAUUAGCGAAGUGUGGCAGGGUAGAUAAUGCACGAGUACUUGGGAUACUGAUGGACUUUUAAUUGUACUCAUAACACAAGACUGCUUAAAGGAACUUAAAGGAAAUUAUGCACUGUGUAGGUCUUCAUCAAGAUCCCAUUUUUGGCAUGCUAUAAGAAAAUGCAGCUGUAUUUGGCUGUACUUUUCUAUGAGAAAUUUUAGCUGUUUCAAGCAUUCUUUUGCAUUGGCAAUCUGGCUACUAUUCUAUUGACUGAGGUACAGUACUCGGCUCUUAAAUUUUUAAGACAAAUUAUAGUACUUAGAAUUAUUUUUAUCUGCAGUCUUCAGUGAUGUAAAAUGUCUCACACUGUAAUUCUGUGACUCCCUGUAUAAUUAAUGAAAACAAACUGUUAUUGUAAGAGUCUGUGCAAGGUUUUAACAUAAACCAAAAAAACAAAAAAGGCACUUCCCAAAGGAUUUAACACAUAUGGAGUCAAGGUGUUCACACGUUCUGUAAUCAAAAGUAUUUAUAUUGCUGAUUCUGCUUUAUAAACCUGUAUUUGCUUUUUGAAAUAUUGUACAACUAAUGGCACAUUGGAUUGCUUUGUAUGAAGUAUUUUAUAUUUUAAUAUUUAUUUUCGCAUCAGUCCUCUCUCUCUCUCUCUCUCUCUCUCUCUUUUUCAGCAGCUCUACAUUACUGUAGGAAAAGAACACAUUAAAAAAAAAUGCUGAAAAGAGUCCACCAUCCAAUCGAUGAAUGGACUUUUGAAGUUGCUUGUCAGCAAAUUGUGGAUAUUUUACAAAAGCAAAUGAACUGUGACAAUCCACAACUCCCACAGAUGUGAAUUCAGAAAUGCAUCUGAAAAUCCUGGUAUGCCUGACAAUCUGUUCUUUAAGUUCCAUUAACAAAGUGGCAUCCAAUCCUUUCACUUGCAGUUCCUUGCAGGAGUGUAUUGUCUAGAGGCUGUCUAGUAGUGAUUAAGAGGUGGGGAUUUUCUUUUUGUUUGUUUACUGUAGUAGGUGAGGGAUGCCAUAUUUCUUGUCAGCUAAUAAUACUUGUCUGAGACAAAAAUUUUAAAAACGACAACUAAUUAAAAUUUCUGUGCACUUUUCUUUCCUGGCCAUAUUGAUUUUAUUUGCUUAAAUUGAAACAAUACAUUGGGUUUGACCAGAUUUUGACUCUUCACAAGAAGGAAGGACCUAUAUAGUACAUGUUUCUAUGGGUUAUUCUGGUACUGUUUGCUUAUUUGUUCUGCAAAUUCAAAAUCAUUUUUGUUGUGCAUUAUUUUGCAUCUGCUGAAACUAAAUGUGUUGUUAUUGCACUCAUUAAAAAUGAAACAAUCCAUUUCUCUUGGAAAAAAUGACAAGCUUUAGAUGAUGAAAGCUUAAAUUAUCCAUCACUUGCAAAAUGAAUUCAUAUAAUUUGCGAACAUUAUUAAUGUAAAUGAGACAUUUCUGCUUAGAUUUUUUUUUUAUUUUGAUGGGAUCAUUAUAUGGUUGAUCAUAUGUGUAUAGGAAGCUGCUGUACAAUUAACUUGGAGAUCUGAAAAUGCUUUUUUGUCUUCAUUGUUACAGUUUCAAUUGUAAUCCAUUGCAUCUCAUUUUCUUGGGUGUUGGCACUGUAAUAUAAAAAAAAAAUUAAAAAAAUCAGUGCUCAGUAUUGUAACUAACUGUCCCUACUGAAUAUUCCUUUUCAUAAAUACUUGCUACCACAGGGAAAUUAAGUUUUCAUAUAGAAUAACUAGUUUCAAUAGUAACCAUUGAAAAAUUAAAAAUAAAAGUUGUGGUUCAAGGCAGAUAUUUUUAUGAAAAGUUUUCUCUAUUGUAAAAUUUGUUGUAUAUGGCUAUGCUACUAUCAUGGAAUAAGAAAAGAACAAGCAUACCUCAAAUAAAAAAAACCUUCUGAGUUAAAA